AUGCGAGUGCAGACCAUUGUCAGAAAAGCACAUCUUGGCCCUGUGACAGCAUUAGCUUUCUCGCAAGAUUCAAGGUCUUUGGUCUCUGCAUCCUUGGAUUUGAGUGCAAGGGUGAUAAUUGUGAAGGAUGAGGAGAAAAAUGAACACCAGCAGCGGGCUAAAACUGGGUCUAGCUCUGAUUUGAGGUACAUGACCUGUGACUUAUGGCCGUACA